ACUCCGGGAGACUAUAGGCGGUUUGUAGGAAAAAAGAAUUGACACCUCUCGUCUGACACACUCGUGAGGUCUGCGUUCGCCACUAAGGUGUACAGGCAUACACGGAUGCGGAUGCGAAGGCUAGCAGUUUGUGUUGUUCUGAACAUUCAAGCGAUGCUGCCGCGGAUCUCUCGAAUAUUAUACGAUAUUACACACUUGCCCAUAAAGAUUAUAAUUAUUAUAAUCUGUAGCUGUGGCAGUUCUGGCAAACUCCAAGCAAUGAUGUAUUGUGCAUUGAUACUGCUUUCGGUGGCAUCGCUGAUUUGCGAAGGCAGCGAAGCUCGACACAUAUUCUAUGACUAUGUUGCUCACUUCGAUUGCCGAACAUCUCACGGCCUAUACCUGAUCAGCGAUUCGUACAGAUGGAUGCAUUCUUCAAGGGGCCAGGCGCGGCUGCACUGUACCAGCGUUACGCCUAAUCCAUACGAACUGGUUCCGAUAGCCAAAAUGAACGCCACCUGUUACCGGGACUACGUGGAACACAUUCGUUCGGUCACUGGAACAGAAAGGACCUACUGGGUUUGGGAUGUAAACCAAACAACAUGCUAUCCACCAAGAUCGCCGUGUCCCACCACAGCGACAGUUAUCUGCGAAAACACAAUUCCUGCAGAAGUGGGUGCUCCAGAAUGUGGGGAGACAUUGGGAGUUAAUAAUGGGAUCGUCACGUACCCGUCGGGGACCAAGUUUCCAAGUUGGGCGUACUUUGAAUGCAACACGGGAUACACUUUCCUAUCUGCAAAUACUGCAGAGUGUGAUAAGCAGGGUUACUGGCACAUUCCUCCUAUACUCUGUAAAGCUUACAACUGCACUCCACCAGUGAUCUUUCACGGAAGCACAUCCGGAGACGGACCAAUAUACACUGCUAAAUGUCACUCCGGGUUUGAGCUCCGUGGUGACCCAAUCGUCACGUGCACCAGUGACACAACUACCACGUCGCUUCCUACGUGUACCCGUUACUUGUGUGCCUCCCCGCUGACAGUGGCGAAUGGUCACGCCAUCGUGCAGAGUUACCUACAAGGCGGAAAAGCGCAUAUAGCAUGCACGGUAGGAUACAAUCUACAUGGAGCCAACACCACGACCUGUCUCAGCAAUGGUUCCUGGUCUCACACACUGGGCAACUGUCAUUCUAUUACCUGUACCAGUGAUUGGAACAUUUCCAACGGUGUCGUUAUUCAUGGCACUCCACCCUAUCUGGUUGGAUCAAGCAUAUACGUGCAAUGCAAAAGUGGGUACACAGGUGGUGGCAUCGUCUCGUGCGCAGCCAGUGGGACUUGGCCGACUACGACAUGUACUCGUAUUCCAUGUGAAGUACUUCCGAGCGUAGAGAAUGGGGUGGCACUCCUCAACGACAUACAGGCUCCAACUCUUGCCAUCCUGGCAUGUGACAACGGUUAUCAUCUGAUGGGAACUGCAUUACUGCACUGCUCAACCACUGGUGUCUGGUCUGCACCUAUUCCUAUGUGCAAACAAGGAUCAGCAGCAGCAGCCGGCUCGUCCAACUCAAGCGGUGCAUCGUCAAGCACAAGUAUCAUUGUCGGUGUUGCAAGCUUCUUUGCUGGGUUUCUCAUGCCCACGGUGGUAUUGGUUUGCAUUCUCAAGCGUCGUGCACGGGAGCACAGGAUAGAGACUACCAAAGCUCCAGGGCAGUUCUCCAACAAGAUUGACUUGCCCGACCUGAAGGAGAAUGAUGCGUACGGUGUCGGAACAAGCUCCGAAGAGACCCACUAUGACACAAUUUGAUAUGCAGCUCCUUUCAUCCCAUCCAAUACCCAUGCAUAGCUUUGGAUUUUAUUUUUACCCUACGGCCAGGGGCUCCAAGUAGACGUCAUUUAUGGCUUGUAAUUAUACCGCAAAGUGUAAUAUUUUGGUGGCUUUGCAGAUGCAUUCAUCUAAUCCGCAAUAUGUUUUAUCGUCUUUCCAACACUUUACAUUCACACGCAUCGCUCUUCAUUGAGAUAUCAACCAUUCUCUCUUCAUUUUUCUCAUUAUGUUCUCCCCAACCCUCCUUCCCUUCUCCCCAACCCACAAUAACGCAUUCGCUGCCUUGUCAUUGAGCAUAUGUGCUAAUUAGGAUUAGCGAAUUCAAAUAAAGUAUACAAACAAAUAAACAUUCAGUGCUAAUUAUUUGCUUUAGGUGUACUUUUAUUGUUUGAUUUUCUCAUCCUUACCCACAUUCAACCCAACACACACACACACACACACACACACACACACUUGUACUUGUACUUGUUGCUCACUGCCAAAACUGGUCACGUGGGUCUCCCCAGGAGAGCGGAGAGAGA